AAAUUCGAAAGAUCACGAAACGAAAACCCUAAACCCUUCCUGCGCCUUUUCAACGCCUCCUUUUCUUUCUUCUGUUUUUCAACAAGGUUUUCUGCAGCAACAAGUUUUCAGUGAAUCAUGUAUCUUCAGUUUUACAUCAACGAUAACGGUGACAAAGUCUACACUACAAAGAAAGAGUCACCGGUUGGGUUAGCUACUCAAUCUGCUCAUCCUGCCCGGUUUUCACCAGAUGACAAAUUUUCAAGGCAGAGAAUUCUUUUGAAGAAGCGAUUUGGUCUGUUGCCAACCCAGCAUCCAGCUCGAAAAUAUUGAUAAAUAUUCAAGCUUUAGCUAUUACAAUGAUUCAGUGCUUACCAGUGUUGUGAUCUAUAGCUAGUGUGAAGUAGUUGAGUCAUUUAUGAUUCUGUUUUGAACCAAUUUAGGCAAAAUAUGUUGAACUAUUGAAGAAUGGAUGAUUUUAUAUUGAUGUUUGCACUCUAUGCUAUUAUAAAAAUUUCCUUAAAAUUUACUUAA